GUAAGAAUGGCAUAAAUUCUUUGGUAGGGAAUAAGAGAAGUGUGGAAAACUAUACCAGAGCAACAAGUGAUCUAACACAGCACUACCGAUUCUGACAAGAUCGACGGAAGCCUCCUAGAUAGCUCCAUCACCUGACGACAGUCAGUUACUCCUUGAAUUUACGGUUUCCUAGUAACAGCCGCCAUGAUAGAACGAAUCCUUGCAGCUAUAUUCUUUAUUUGCCUUCACACAAGUCUUGCCAACGAUGCACCUGCUGGGGCGACCGAUACAGCGGACUCCAUGGCAUUUGACAAGAGAAGAUUUGACAGUAUCGGGGGAUACAGAGGAUUCAAAGGUUUCGCAGACAAACGGCCAUACGAUGACGGACUCCAUAGCUUCGUAAAACGGCGACUUGAUAGCAUAGAUGGACAUAGUGGCCUUUCCGGCUUCAUCAAGAAAUCUUUCGACUCAAUCAACGGGCAUGCCGGGCUCAGCGGAUUUGUGAAACGGCCAAUGGAUUCGAUUAAUCGCGGAGGAUUUUCCGGGUUCGUAAAGCGACCGAUCGACUCGAUUUAUCGCGGAGGGCUAUCAGGAUUUGUUAAGCGGCCAAUGGACUCGAUUUACCAUGGAGGACUUUCCGGGUUUGUGAAACGCCCAAUGGAUUCGAUUUACCGCGGAGGAUUUUCCGGAUUUGUAAAGCGUAGAUUUGAUUCGCUUGACGGAGGACGCAACGGAUUCAGAGGGUUUAUCAAGAGAGAUGGCUCGGAAGAAAAUGUGGAUGAUCUGGGAGAGGAAGAAAUGGAGUAAAACACAACAACAUAUGCAUAACAUUGUUAAGAUAAUUGUUAAAUAUCCAUGCAACGUAUAUUUUUGUAUUAAAGUGAUUUUCUUUGUUUUUCGAAAAUAGUAAUGUAAGAUUAUCGAAAUUUUUGUUUGAGAGUUUUGAAUUUAAAAAAAUAAAUACUAAUUUUGUGGUGAAAUAAAUUGUGCCGAAAUAGAAAAUAAGGACGUUGAUUCUUAACCUUUUUUUGUCUGAAAUUCGACGCAAGCACAAAUAAUUACUCGUAAAAGUCCGAUUAAUUUACUGCUAAGUAUUAAUAGUAAAAAGCAUUUCUCAUUUGCAAGGAAUUUUUCAUUCCUUACAAGUAAUGAAAUGCAAUUCUGUAAAUACCAAACGCGUAUUAAUUCAGAUAACUCUGGUGACAGUCAUUGUGAGAGAGAGGUGGACUUUGGAAGAAUAACGAAAAUAGUUCUUUAAUUAAGAAGUUUUUAGUCAAUAUAUAGCAAUAAUGUUCAUCUCAUUUUCAUGCUAGACGUUGUAAUUAAUGAUACACAAGUAUUAACUACGAUAGUAAAUGAAGUUUAUAAGAGCGAUUAUUUUCAAAAUUAUAUUUCUGUUAAAGUUGUGGAAUUUGUCCACAAUUCCUGCCAUAGCUAUGUAUUUUUAUGUAAGCAGUUCUUUAGACAUUUUCCUGAUUUUAAGAAAAUUGUUAUUAACAAUGCUCUGAUUCGUUUUCCUUACAAGCUAAGGACUUUAUAAAAUCUUGACUCUUAAACUACAGGAAGCAGUUUUAAUGAUUUCACAUUUUUCAAAUUAUAUUACUUACUUGUACAGUUAAAAUGUAAGCAUUUUGUAAAUUUUGACAAACGACUAUCAAAAUUGACUUUGGGAUAAAAAGCCAUUACAUAAAUUUGACUGAAUAUUUUUGGUACAUAUAUAUUCAAUAUACGAGAUUUUCAAUUUACGUUUUCUUCGGAAUAAGGUUUCUAUAUUAGAUUGCUAUGUUAGUUUACAUGUAAGUUAACAUUUUCUGUCAAUCAGGCAUAACAUUGAUUCUUUAAUGAGUGGGGUAUUUUUUUUUCAAACAACAGAUGAGCACUUUUAUAAAAGCAGGAAACUGAUACCAUUUAAUUUGAACCUUAAGUUCUUCACAUACAUGAGAAACAUAAAAAUGAUAUGUGAAUUCUGAAGAUUUUAUGAUUUUCUAUCUCGUCAAGAAAUCUUUAACAAAAGUCUGCAACAUAAAAAUCAUACACUGAGAAAGAAUAAGAGUGAAAAUAUGUAAAUUAUACCAAGCAUGGGGAAGCUGAGGAUUUGAAAGUAAGAGGAAAAAUGUGUGUUUUAAAUUUCUUGAAAAGAGACUCAUUCUUUGACAUUUCGUUUCAAGAAUUCGACCAAAGGUUGUGAGAACUAAUGGACCAAGUUAUGCUUACUUAAGAACAUUUCUUUAGUUAGUGCAUAAUGAGAAGCUAAAAUGUGUUAUUCAACCAUGCAUCAUACAUUGUUACAUAUAGGCAUUUACACGUGUAGGGUUAUUAAAAGACAAUGUUUUCAUUAACAUGCAUAUUGGAUUUUCAAACAAAAAAAUAUAUCGCAACUCAUAAUAGAAAUUUUACGCAGUAAAGAAAUCUAAGAAAUAAUUUCUUAUCAAAAUAUUUCAGAUUUACCUUAAGAAAACAAAUGUGUAUGAAAGUAAAAUCAAACAACAGAUAUAUAUUUGUCUCUCCCCACAAAAGUGUAGGGGCAAAUUUCACAUUAAGAUGAUUAAAAUAAAGAUGAUCACUAUACCACACAAAAUUCCAGAAUGUGCAAACUAUUUUCUUUCGAGUUUUUACUACGAAAAGUGCAAAAGCUAUAUUGUAUUUAUCAAAAGAGGCGAUUACAAAUAUAUGUGGUACGUUUAUGAUUAUGUUUUAUUAUAUAAGUAAAUAGUGAAUAAGUAUAUAAGUAAACUAUAUUAUUUUUACGCAAAUAUAAUUUUGAUAUACAAUACAAUAAUACCAUAAGAGUACAGGGACAGGUCCAAAAACAAAGGAAAUUACAGGCACAAGCAAACAUACAAAGGAAACUACAGGGAUAAGAUCAAAUACUACGGCAACUACAGUGGUUCAAAUACUACGGAAACUACAGGGAUAAGAUCAAAUACUACGGCAACUACAGUGGUUCAAAUACUACGGAAACUACAGGGAUAAGAUCAAAUACUACGGAAACUACAGGGAUAAGAUCAAAUACUACGGAAACUACAGGGAUAAGAUCAAAUACUACGGCAACUACAGUGGUAAGAUCAAAUACUACGGCAACUACAGUGGUAAGAUCAAAUACUACGGCAACUACAGUGGUAAGAUCAAAUACACUGGAAACUUCAGGGAUAAGCAAAUACAGUGGAAACUACAUAAACAAGCCCAAAUACAAUGACAACUACAGGGAAAAGUCCAAAUACAAUGACAACUAGAGGAAAAAGCCCAAAUACAAUGACAACUACAGGAAAAAGCCCAAAUACAAUGAUAACUACAGGGACAAGCCCAAAUACAAUGACAACUACAGGGACAAGCCCAAAUACAAUGACAACUAGAGGGACAAGCCAAAAUACAAUAAAACGUACAUGAACAAGCCCAAAUACAGUGAAAACUACACGGACAAGCCAAAAUACAAUAAAACCUACUUGAACAAGCCCAAAUACAGUGAAAACUACAGGGACAAGCCAAAAUACAAUAAAACCUACAUGAACAAGCCCAAAUACAGUGAAAACUACAGGGACAAGCCAAAAUACAAUGAAACCUACAUGAACAAGCCCAAAUACAGUGAAAACUACAGGGGGACAAGCCAAAAUACAAUGAAACCUACAUGAUAAAGCCCAAAUACAGUGAAAACUACACGGAACAAGCGCAAAGGAAACUUCAGGGACAAGCCUAGCAGUCGAAACAAUAACAAAGGCCCUUAUAAAAGGCACGAGGCUAAUUCCUAGCAGAUAUUUUUU